UUUGGCAAUUUUCUUGGCGUUCUUCAAUCGUAAAAGAACUUUGAAAAUGGCCACACUUUAUGGUAGUGGUAAAGGUCUUGUACGGCUUAUAGCCGGUUUACAAAUCAUGAUAGGGAUUUUACUUUUUGUUUUUGGCAUUGUCUGUGCUACAUUGAUUUGUCAUUGGACUUCACGGGCCGGUUUGGGCAUCUGGAUUGGGGUCAUCGUAAGUUGCAAAUAUUCAAAUAUUUUGAUGUAUGCUAUCAAAAUAGUGAUUUUGAUAUCGCUGAAAUGAUUGUUCCAUAAUUGACCGUUCUUUAGCUAUGUGGUUUAGAUUAACGUUCAUGCUGUUUUGGGGUUUGAUAAAAGUUUAAUUUUGCGGUAUAAAGUGGGCUUGAAAUGACAUCUAAGAUUUGUAAGUCACUCGGUCGUUGAAGCUAUUGACAAUACGCAAUAUAAUUUUACUGCCUUCAUUUCCGAUUUACAACUGCUUAAAUUGUUGAUGCAAAUGUAUUUUAAAAUGUUAAAAAAGCUUUUAUUUUAUACUUUCAUUCCUUGAGACAAUUUUGUGAAAUGUUUUGACACGGUAAUGCUGAGUGUAAUAUUAAUAACAUGUUUGUUAUAAUAACAGCCAUAUUGUAGUUUCUUGUCGAAAAAAUAUGAUAUAAUUCUUGAUUUGCCAUUUCCACUCAGGAACAUUUUCCACAGAAAGAAAAUUUUGUAAAAUGUGAUUUUGUAAAAUGUGAGCUGAAAAUUUUCAACUUUUUUACUGAUAUUUUUGGGAAAGUUUCUGUCCCUAAAUGUGCUCAGAUACUUUAUUAUUUACUCUGUAAAUAAUGCCAGAUUACUUUACUCUGUCUGACUCCAGAUGACUUUACUCAUCAAGGGGAGGGUGCUUUUGCUCAUUGGGUUAAGAGAGCCCACCCCCUAUUACAGUAUUGGUUGGAUGAAAUUUUUUUCUUUGAAUUAUUCUUUAGGUUCUUAUUACAGCAGCUAUUGGCUUGUAUAGUUGUUCAGUGAGGGGACAACAAAUGGUAAGUCUCUUAACGGUCAUACCCAAAAUCCCAGUCCCCACAGGACCAAGGGGGAGGGAGAGGGUGGGCCACUGGAGAAGCAUUUUAUAACAUGUUUUUAUAAAUUUAAAAAUAUUGUUUUAGUGAGAGAAAAGGUUUUUUUGACCAUUAGUGAAAAGAGGACCAUCUAGUAAGCUUCAACCUAAGAAAGUGGAUUUUUUUGUAGAUAAGUUGGUAUUCAUGCCUCUCCAUAUUUUGUGCCCUCCUAUCUAUCAUUCUCUGCAUUUCGUAUGGUACCGGAAUGGCUGACUUUUACGAUGAGAUAGUAGGUGAUACGUCAUCGGUUGAUGACUUCUACUCACGACGAUAUGUUGCAGUGUACAUGAGGACCAGCUAUUACGAGAAUUGUGUAUCUGCAUCAGAGCAAGCAGCCAUAGAGAAGAUACGAACAGGGUAUCUCGAUGUUGUAACCUUUGAUCCCGAAGAAGAACGAAAGCUGUUAAGCGAGAUGAAGAUUCAUGGUCGAAAAGGCAUGGGAUUGGCGGCUGUGAUCAUAUGUUUGGCUGCAUUUGAGUUUGUGUUUGCUUGUGCAUCGGUCAUGUAUUCUUGCACGGCUGCUGGUUGGUUUGUCAAGAAGUCGGCAAAUGCUCCAGCAAAAUCCAAUGUUACCAUACAUCAUUCACAAGCAAGUCAAGUACUUUUACGCUAGUUUGAAUAACAUAUAACCAUUCCUAUAUUGUUAUUUUAGUUUUCUAACUUGUUUCUAACCGGUGUUGCUAGUGAAAUGCUAGUUACAUUUGAACAAGUGAGAGUAUAUUUUAUAUGUUAGUGAACCUGACCUGACAAAAGUAAGAUAAAAGGACAAUCCAGUGGUACAUUUUGUAACAUAGUUUGUACUACUUAUUCAUAGUGUUUGUAGCUGUACAUUUUCUUUCCAUAAAUAAGAACAAAGACUGCAAUAUAAGUA